AUGACUGGAGGAUCAUGUGGAGAAGUAGUGCGGUCUAUCAUACGGUCACAUUGUGAUGGAUCUCAAGGCAGUAUCGAGUACAUCGAGUUAUUUUUGGAUUUUGAAAACGCUUCACCUCGUGAAGAAGAACGCUACUUGUUUGAUCUCUGCGAAAAGAUAAUAAAUCAGUGUUCGGAAGUACUUGCUGAUGUGAAAUGCUAUGGAAAAGGGGCUACGGACGAAAUUCGGCAGUCCCUACAGAAUCCGCAUGACCUCGCCUUAAGGGAUUUAACUCUCAGUGUGGUCGCUGAUUUCGUAGCACGGAUACGUUGUUACUUCGAGCUUUCUCUCAGGAUUGAGAAGUUGGUGCCGGAGUUGCUGUGGGACCUAUGUUCUGGGCCACUCCCCCCAGAAGAACAGUUGGACAGGAAACAGGCACUAGCUAGACAAUUAGCUCGUCUAGUUGACUUCGUCCUGGAAUUUGAUGCAGUAAAGAUGUGCACACCUGCUCUGCAGAAUGAUUUCAGUCAUUAUCGACGUGGUAUUGGAUUGGGACUACUCGACAACAGCGCUUCGGAAGUGGAACUUGCAAACUCUAUAUCGCUAUUCCUUGCUGCUCCCACUCCAAUGUUGUCUAGCUUGAGUUCCGCAACAUUGGAAUUUGUGCGAUCUCAUCCAACACUCCCAAUCGGGAACACAACGGAUACUUUGGCUACAAUCGUUAGUGUGUGUCGCUAUAUGGUUGGAUCAGCGGAGGUGGCUGAACGUAUAACAGAGGCAACACGGUUGUUUUGUGUUCGUGUAAUGGUUGGAUGUCUCAUUUUGUACGACCAUAUUGAUGAAAAUGGUGCAUUCGUGAGAGAGUCGCCUAUAAACCUUCGAGCGGUCGUGAAUGUUGUUAAGGAACAAACGCAGCCCCCACAGACUGAAGCUCUGCUGAACGCUCUACGCUACACUUCAAAGCAUUUUACUCAAGCCUCCACUCCAAAGUCCGUUCGAGCUAUACUCGCCUGA